GGGGAGCGAGCCGGUUGGAGGGGCGGGGCGCGCCGAGGUCCCCGCCCGCCGUCUUCCUCCGGGGUCAGCGCGGCUCCUUAUCGCGCCUGCCAGGCGGCCAGGCGCUUAUCUGCGCGGCCCAGCAUCCUCCGGCCGUCGGGCCGGCCGGGCGAGGGAGGAAACCGGGCCGCCGGGGGCGGGAAGGGGCGGGCAGCCGGAGCCGUGCACUUGCACGGGACCACGCCGCGGCCUGGGAGCACAGGUCUGAAGCAUAUCGACCGCAGCCCGAGGGGCAGAGCCGGGCGCGCACCAGCCAGCCAGCCCGCGCUGGGGUAAGAGGGCCUGGCCGGGCCGCCUGCGCUUCCGCGUACGUCCGGUCGUUCGUUCAUUCAUUCAUUCAUAACCCGGAACCGCUAGGGGAGGCCCAGGCAUCUCCCGCAACUGCAGAGGACAGGCCCGAGGGGGCCGCAGCCCCACAGCUUGUGAGUCGCCCAAGCCUGGAACCCAGCAAGGGGUGGUUGGGAGGGUGCAGGGCCAGCCAGGACCCAGCAAUGCUGGGGGCCUCGGGCCAGCCUUUGGAUCCCGCGUCCAGCGUGGGGUCACGGCUAGUAAGGGGACACCCAAGAGUGGGGGGAGGGGCCCGGGGCCAGACGCGGAGGUGACCGGAAGUGCCCGGGUUGUAGGGCGUAGCAAGGCCCCAGCCUGGGGAGAGAGGGCGGCAGUGCUGGAGGGAGUCCAAGGCCACAUGGCAGCUGGGAGUCAGUGAGGGCCAAAGGGCCAGGUGCGGUGGCGCAAGCCUGUUGUCCCAGCCUUGGGAGGCUGAGGCAGAAGUAUCGCCAUGUGUGCAAGGCCAGUCUGGGCUAUAUAUUGAGUUCAAGGUCAAUCUGAAUGACAUAGCAAGAUCCUGUCCGGAAAGAGAAAGAAAAGAAAAGAAAGAAAGAAAAGGGAGGAGGAGAAAACAGGGGUUUGGGGUCAGAAACAGAUCAGAAGGUUGGCAGGGGUUAGGGUGACCCGGGAUCAGAGGGCAUCGCCAUGCCUCAGAGCUACCUGGCAGACCCCUGCUCUGAUGGGGGACCCUUCUAUAUGGUGGCCUCCAGCUGAGCCUGGACUUUCCCCUCCCUUCUCCCCGUUCGGAGUGGGGAGAUGACACCGGCCUCCUCCCACCUGGCUGCCUUCUCCCUGCAGGUGAGUGCCCCGCCCGACUUCGGGCCCAUGUGCCCGCCCCAGGCCCAGGCAGAGCUGGGCCCCACCAUGACGGAGAAGGCCGAGGUCGAGUGCGCCCGCAGCCCGGUGCCCACCCCGCCCCCUAAACCUGCCUCACCAGGGCCCCUGUCCCCCGAAGAGCUGGACCACAGGGGCGUCUUCCCUGCCAGGCUGCCUCCGGGGGUGCCAGUGAUCAGCCUGGGUCACACCAGGCCCCUGGGGGUGGCGAUGCCGACCACGGAGCGGGGCGUCCUCCGACCACCUUUGCUGCACCUCUCGACCCUGGCAGCUGCCCCGCCGGCCCUGGCUCUGCAUUACCACCCGCACCCCUUUCUCAACAGUGUCUACAUCGGGCCAGCAGGGCCCUUCAGCAUCUUCCCCGGCAGCCGGCUGAAGCGGAGACCCAGCCACUGUGAGCUGGACCUGGCCGAGGGGCACCAGCCCCAGAAGGUGGCUCGACGCGUGUUCACCAACAGCCGCGAGCGCUGGCGGCAGCAGAACGUGAACGGUGCCUUCGCAGAGCUCAGGAAGCUGCUGCCCACUCACCCGCCCGACCGGAAGCUGAGCAAGAACGAGGUGCUCCGCCUGGCGAUGAAGUACAUCGGCUUCCUGGUGCGGCUGCUGCGCGACCAGGCGGCCGCCCUGGCCUUGGGCCCCGCCCCGCCCGGGCAGCGGAGGCGGGCGGGGCAGCGAGGCCUCGCCUCCGGCCGUGGCGCGCGGGAGGCCCCCGCAGACUCGGACGGCAGCCCAGGCGGGGCGGCCCGGCACAUCAAAGUGGAGCAGGUGGCCCCGAGUCCGGAGGUGCGGUGACCCGGGGCCUCCGAGCGGGCCAGGACACUCAGCGCCGGGUCGCGCGCGUCGGAGCGGACCGGCGUACAGCCGCUAGGCAAGACGCCCCCGGAAGGGCAGCAGUUCUGGGGGUCUGGAAGGGCAACCAUCGCCCAGGGUCCUUACUAGCUGUGUCUUAAAUCCCGCUGGAGGGAGCUUGGCCCGGGCUCCGCCCUGGGGCGAGGUCCCAGACGCGCGCGUCCUGGACUCAAGUGGCUCCUUGGAGGCGGGGAACAGGACCCGGCGCGCCCCGCCCACUCCACGCGGCCCCGCGCGACCGAUGGCGUCUGCGAAGGCCCACGCACGGUUGCUUUUUUUUUUCUUUAUUUCUUUAUUUCACAUACACAUUAGCCAUUCAAUGGAGAAGCCAGAGAGUCAGGCGGAGAUGGUGUAACAGAAGCGCAGUGACGGCGGGCGGGCGGGCGGGGCGGGGACAGACGGGCUGGCUACUUGCAUUCCGCUAGGACACUGAAAACCCAGAAAACAAAACAGACAGCGAACUACCCUUGUUUCUUAUGCAUCUCAGUGCGGAGACGGGGCGGGACGGGGGCCAGGCGGGGCGCGGGGGCGGCGGCGCUAAGGGGGAGCACACCAAUCCAUUAGUACUAUAUAUAGAGAUACGUAUAUACUGCGUUUCUUAGCCUACGAAGAAACUUGUUUGACGGGACGGGCGGCCUUGCGGUCCGCGAUGCUGGUGCUGGUCGGGCGCACGGAUCUCCCAGGAGGGGCAGAAGCGGGGCUGGCCCAAGCUGGCUUGCGAGGGAACGGGGGAUGGAGAGAGGGCGCCCCGAGAGUUGGGGGAGCAGAGGCGGGGCCGGGGAGCCCCAGGGGCUCUCGAUGGGGGGACAGAGUUCUCGUGACUUUAUUGCUCCUGUAUUUUCUCUCGUGGGUGUAGGGACGGGGCGGGGGCAGGGGUCCGACCGGCGCGGGUGGAGAAGCGGUGGGGCGUCGGGGCCCAGGGCGCGGCGUCCGCUCGCCAGCACGGGGGUGAGAACAAGGCACUAGGUCGGCCGCCGGCGCGGGCGGGGUGUAAGGCAGUCGCAGGGGCGGGCGGGGGGGACGGGGCGGCGGCCGUGUGCGUGCGUGCGUGCGGGCUCGGGCCUGGGCGCGCGGCGUGGAGGGACGGGGGGGCCAAGGGACCGGGCCGGGGCGCGGAGGACGUUGCCCCCUCGCGGAGCGCGCUCCUGGCGAUGCUGGUGAGGGUCAAGUUGGCGUCUGGCUCAAAGAGGGGCGCUCGGGGGUCGCGGGGCGGGGCGGAGGUGUUUGUUCGUCGGCAAGGACCUGUGCGGGGGACCAGGGACCCCGCGCGCCCCGAGUCAGGGCGGGAGCGGGGUGGGAGGGGCGCCCGGGAGACCCGCGGCCGAGCGCGGCUGCGCACCCCGCAGCCCAGGCCGCACCGCCCCGCUACGUUCAGCUCAGCGAGAUGCGCGGUUCCCAGCAGGUGCAGGAUACGGAACUGACCCUAAACUGACGGUAGUUUGUGGGUGUCGUGGAGAACGUACUUUAGAAUGUCAGAAGCACCAGGGUUUUGUGUCAUGAUCCUAAAAGUAAUUUGUUAUCGUCUUUUUUUCCUUUUUGAUCUUGUGGGUUUUCCGUUUGUUUUUAUGUCGAGGUGAGGUGUGUGCGUGUGUGCGCAUGUGUGUCAACCCAAAACGUGAGGUUUCUUUCAGCCCUCCCACCGUAAUCGAGAACGAACAACAAAACAAAAACCCCAAAUCAUCCUCGUCAACGCAGGAAAACGUCUUAAAAAUAAAACUGAAAACGAACCAAAAAAAAAAAAAAAAAAAGGAAAAA